CUUCUUCGGGGAAGUGUGUUGACCAGACUAUGUAUGUGGGUAGGACUACCCGGGUGGAUCGCCAAAUUGUGUCAGUCCAAUCCGAGUCCUCGAUAAUGGCAUUUUUGCAACAGUGGAAGCGAUUAAACUUCUUUGAUAAGGAAGUAGUGAAGACACCCGGCACAAGUGAGAUUUUCACCAGUCUUAAGGACAUAGACAUCACAGCUUGCGCCAGUGGGCGUGGCCAAGUGACUCUCGGGGACUCGGAUGGCAACCUCUUCUUUCUGGAUCGGAACCUGGACAUCUCAGAGUUCCGGGCCUAUGAGCUGCGAGUGACCCACCUCUGUCAGCUGAAACAGCACAACAUCUUGGUGUCUAUAGGGCAAGAUGAGCCAGGGAUAAACCCCAUCAUCAAGGUGUGGAACCUGGACAAGCAGGACAAGAUGCGCCACCCCACCUGCUCGCGCAUCACGAGGGCGCUGCCCGGCAGUAACCAGCCCUCCCAAGUCUCGGCCCUGACCGUCAGCGAGACACUGACAAUGAUGGCCAUCGGCUUCCAGGACGGGAGUGUGACACUCAUCCGAGGGGACGUCACACGAGACAGGCACAACAAGUUUAAGACCAUCUACCAGGACAAGACACCAGUCACAGGACUGGGGUUCCGCCACACACAGCGGAACACUGUACUCUUUGUUGCCACUGAAACCAGCGUGAGCUCCUUCAACCUGAGUGGAAAGGACCCUCACCGAGAGGUACUGGAUUUGCACGGCUGCCCUCUGCGCUGCUCCAUAAUGAGUGAUGCCACACAGGAUAACCAGUUCGUCAUGGGAAGAGAAGACGCGGUGUAUUUUUACCAGCCGGAUGGCCGUGGUCCCUGCCUGGCCUUCGAGGGCCAGAAGACUCUUCUUUAUUGGUACCGUGGCUACCUGGUGGUGGUCACCAAAGACAGCAAAAUGCUCUCCCGCAACCUUGGCGCUUCUGGACAACAGUUGGUCAUGGACACGGUGACAGUCUACGACAUUCAGAACAAAUUUAUUGCUUAUUUGGCCCCAGUACCAGAAGUGCUGGAUGUUUUUCAGGAAUGGGGUUCACUCUACGUGCUUGGUGGGGACAGAAAGCUGUAUCAUCUUCAAGAGAAGGACACACAGACCAAGUUGGAGAUCCUCUUCAAGAAAAAUCUGUACAGUCUGGCUAUCAAUCUUGCCAAAAGCCAGCAUUAUGACUACGAUGGCUUAAUUGAUAUCUUCACCCAAUAUGGUGACCAUCUCUAUAGUAAGGGGGACCAUGAUGGGGCCAUAUCUCAGUACAUCCGCACCAUUGGUCACCUGGAACCCUCCUAUGUCAUCCGAAAGUUUCUUGACGCUCAGCGGAUCCACAACCUGACAGCCUACUUGCAGGCCCUGCACAAGCAAUCUCUGGCCAAUGAGGACCACACCACAUUACUACUUAACUGCUACACCAAGCUCAAGGACAACAGUAAGCUGGAUGAGUUUAUCAUGACCAAAGACAAAGAGGUGGACUUUGACGUUGAGACAGCCAUCAAGGUCUGUCGGCAGGCCGGCUACUAUAAGCAUGCCUUGUUCUUAGCCGAAAAGCACAGCCAGCAUGACUGGUACCUUAAGGUGCAGCUGGAGGACAUCAAGGACUACCAGAAGGCGCUCACCUACAUUGCCAAGCUGGAAUUCUUUGAGGCAAUGGACAACAUGAAGAAAUAUGGCAAGACUCUGAUGAGUGAGGUGCCCAGAGACACCACCGACUUACUCAAGAUCCUGUGCACCGACUACAAACCCAGUGACAUUGCCAAUUUCCUGAAAGUUGGAGAGGAAGACGAGCCCCUGAUAGAUGCCAACAUGUUGACAGGGGAUGUUGUCCCAAAGGUUCAGAAGGCCAAUGCGGAGGAGUUCAUCCACAUUUUUGUUAACAACUCCGGUCAGCUGAUGGAGUUCCUGGAGCACAUGGUCAAGGUUCAGCCUGAUUCGUCACACCUGAUCUACAACACUUUACUAGAGCUUUACCUCCAUGACAUGGCUCAUGAGGGUGAGAGACGCAACCGUUUGGAGCUCCAUCGCAAGGCCAUGGAUCUGUUACAGACAUCAGACGCCUUGUACGAUAUAGAUCAGGCCCUUGUGCUAUGCCAGAUGCACAACUUCAAGCAAGGAAUCCUCUUCCUCUAUGAGAAAUCCAAACUGUAUCAACAGAUUCUUCAUUAUCACAUGGAAAACAAUGAGUAUGAUCAAGUCAUUGACACUUGCAAGCGGCACGGGACCCAGGACCCUAACCUGUGGGUGCAGACCCUGUCCUACUUUGCCCGCAAGGAAGAGAAUUGCAAGCAGUACAUUGUGGAGGUGCUGUCCCAGAUUGACCGCUACAACCUACUGCCCCCUCUCAUGGUCAUCCAGACGCUGGCCCACAACUCAUCGGCAACCCUCUCCGUUGUCAAGGAUUACAUCAUCCGCAGGCUUCAGCAGGAGAACGACCAGAUUACGGAGGAUGAGAGGCUGGUGAAACAGUACAGGGAGGAGACAGAAAAGAUGAGGAGGCAGAUGGCGGAGAUGAAAACAAGUGCUAAAAUCUUUCAAGUGUCGAAGUGCAGCAUCUGCAAUCACAACCUGGAGUUACCGUCUGUUCACUUCCUAUGUCAACACUCCUACCACCAGCAUUGUUUUGAGAGCUAUGCUGAGAAUGACCUGGAGUGCCCCGCCUGCGCCUCCGAGAACCACAAGGUGAUGGACAUCAUCAGGGCCCAGGAACAGAGCAAAGACCUCCACGAACAAUUCCACAGACAGCUGGAGAAGUCUCAGGACGGUUUCUCGGUUGUCGCUGAUUAUUUCGGCAGAGGAGUUUUCAAUAGGGUCACCCUUUUGACCGAUACUUUCCCAAGUUCCCCAAAGAAGCUGAUGCCGUCUCAGACAGGGAUCCUUCCUGCACCCAUGCAGCCUUCCCGAAUAACACAGGCAGCCCCUGCGAGAGCUGCCCGGCCGUCUCCAGUGCACAGCCAGCCCAUAUCGCUACCAGGGACAUCCAGCACCCAACUGCCACCCGGCCGGACCCAGACCCCACCCCAGCCCCGGUCUGCCCCAAGCCCCGCCCCUGGCUUCCAGAUGCCCACUGCCCGGGGGGCCUCCCAGUCCUUCCAGCAGGAGAAGGCAAAGCAGCCACAGUCUAACCCCGCUGAGGUUUACCAUGCCAGCCCAUCCCGGCUCACCCCAUCUCCCAACCCGAGUGUUCCGAAGUCAUCGAGUCCCGCCACCUCCCACCGGGUGCCCACAGCCCCGGCCCAGGAGUAUAACCCAUUCCUCAUGGGGUCUGGGGCAGUGUUGGGUUCAGCAAGGCCACCUAGCCCUGCUACCAGUAGCCCAGCCCAGAAGACCUCCUCUCCAAGCAAGGCACACUCUUACAACCCCCAGGCAAACCCAUUUGAAAUGGGUUCAUCCCAGGGGGUUAAGGACAACAUAAAUCCCUUCACAGGCCGACGGGAUUCUCCAUCAAAUCCUUUCCAAAGUGAUGGAGCCAGUUCCAACCCAUUUGAAGAAGAGGAAGAUAAAAACAAUCCCUUCUUCAAUUAAAUGCGUAAACAUAUACUACAUUGUACAUUCGUAAUUUUAGCCAAAUCUUGUUAUUGGUGUACUGCACCCAAGAUGGUUGCGGAAAGGUUGAAUUUUUGUGGGUGGAUUAGAAUACAUCUAAAUGCUUGAAUUUUCCCCAUCGCCUUUUUAUUUGACUCAGGCUAAUUCCUGACCUAUGUGCUCAGUUCUCUUGUCAGAAUUUUGUGAUUCUUUAUUUGAUUGAAGUGUUGCAGCUAUUAAGAGCACAAACUUGCAGAUGUAAAGUCCACUUGACUCCAAAACUGGGAGGGAAAUAGGAGCUCAAAUUUGGAAUGUAACUUAACCCAGUUAUGUGGCUACAUAACUGGGUGCAUAAUACCAUUACGCACAUGCAGAUUUGUCACCGAUGUGAUUCAAGCCAAUAAAGCCAUUUUUAACACUGAAGAGGCCCUUGAUCAAAUCUUACACAGUGGAAAUAGUUGUCGCCCACACAAUAUCCCUAUGAUAAAAAAUGAUUAAACUGAGUGGUACUGUAUAUUGAAACAGGGUUAAAUAGUCUCUCCCUGUUGCAUACAAAGACGGAAGAAUAUUCUCAGUGAUCAUCUUGUGGGAUCCAGUUACCAGUAUGGAGCAGUUUUCUACAAAUUUAAGUGUUCACUAAUAAAAUCCAUGCACAAUUUUGUUGAUGCAGUCCACAUGCCAAAUAUUAAACUCAAUCAACUAAAACUAUUGCUGCAACUGUGACAAACUAAGUCCUUCAAGGCUGUUGGCCGAUGCUGAAUGUUAGGUUUAAAAAUUAGAGUGAAUAAUAUUCAAAGAAUAUUUUGUAUGAGAUGUAUUAUGUACAUUUAAGUCUACACAAAUUGUAAAUCAUUUAUGUAAACUUUAAUUUUUUUCUUGCCUAAAAGCCAGUACAAGCACGGAUGGGGGGUGACAAUACCCCUCCCAACUAUUAAAUAAAAGUAACAACUAUAGUAUCAAUACAAGAGAUGAGAUCCUACUAUGUGAAUAAACGUAAGUGCGUCAUUAACAAUGUAAUUCAUUACCAAUGUCUCGACUGUGGGUAACAAUCGGAUAUGAAAAAAUAUCUGAUGGGCCAGACCGUACCACGUAACCCAGAAAAAAUUUCUCAAUCCAUCCCUACAGAACACAGCCAGUUAGUGAUCGUAUUUUACAACAAUGUGUGAACAUUUUUUGGAGGUUGUUUUUUAUGUUUUUGUUGUAUUUUGCCAACAUAUUAUGCAUAUGCUCAGAAAAAUAAAGGUGGAGAUCUUAAAAGUUACAAUUGGC